AUGGGAAACGAGGGAAAAAUGGAUCUGAAGCCGUGUGCCGGUGAAUAUAUUCAUACGAGGAAUUUUUCAAAAGAAGAGCAAAAAUCUCUGCAGACAUGGAGUCGCUUAAAACACUUGGCCACGUCAGACCUUGGUGGCGGUCAUGGCUUACCUAACGCCGCCGAAGCGAUUAAGGAAGCUGCUGCUGCAUGGGAAAACCUGAUGAGCGACGGAAAUUUAGCGACAAAAGGAGGUUCAUAUGACGAUCAUCAGAAACUCAAACGGUCCUACUGCCCUCGUUUCGUCGCUAAUACUAAAACGAACGCGUCGCAAUAUCUAGUUGACGGUGGCAGCGACGGAUUGUUUGAGUUGGCGAUUCCGUGUGGGUUGACUCGAGGAUCUUCAAUCACGUUUAUCGGCAUCCCAAAUGGGGGUGAUUUCCACGUUAAACUGACCGGUGAACGGCUGCCCGAAGAGCCGAACCCUCAUAUUAUUUUGCAUUAUAAUAUUAGAUCCCGCGGCCACGUAGACAGCGGUACUAAUACAACUGAUGACGUGGAUGGUGACGUGGAUCCUGUGAUUGUUCAAAACACGUGGUCUAUUCUACGUGGCUGGGGUGACGAGGACCGUUGUCCACCUUACACUGAAUUAAUUGAAAAAGGUACGAGUACGACGGUCUUAAUUAACUCCCAUUGCAAUACAAAUAUUUCAAUGGUGGAUGAUGGGAAAUGGAGAGAGAACUUUCCAUUUAUGCAAAAAGAAUUAUUCGUUGCUACGAUUAGAGUCGGGUUGGAAGGGAUUCAUAUGGAAGUGGACGGAAAGCACGCGACCUCGUUCCGUUUUCGUGAAACAAUGGAGCCGUUUCUCGUUAAAGAAGUACGGAUUUCGGGAGAUGUAAAUUUAAUUUCUUUCGUUGCGAGUGGUUUACCGACGACAUCACCAGAGGAUGAUCUAGAAAAUAGAAACAACGACGACGUGGAAGCUCUCAAAGCUGUUCCAAUACUACCUCCUCGAAAAAGACAACAAAUUGAUCUCCUCAUCGGAAUAUUCUCUACUUCCAACAAUUUCAGGCGCAGGAUGGCGGUUCGAAGAUCGUGGAUGCAGUAUCCUCUGAUCCGGUCGGGACAUGUUGUAGUUCGUUUCUUUGUCGGUCUCCAUAAAAACCAGUCGGUGAAUGAGGAGCUGUGGAACGAGGCGCGUACUUACGAAGACAUACAAUUGAUGCCGUUCGUUGACUACUACACUCUCAUUACAUGGAAGACAAUAGCCAUCUGCAUCUUUGGGACAGAGGUUGUUCCGGCUAGGUUUAUUAUGAAGACAGACGACGAUGCAUUUGUUAGAGUAGAUGAAAUGUUAACUUCUUUGAAGCGUACAAAUAAAACUCGUGGUUUGCUCUACGGCCUCAUCGAUUCUGAUACGAAGCCCGAUCGAAAUCGAGAGAGCAAGUGGUAUAUUAGUCCCGAGGAAUGGGCAGAGGACAAGUAUCCACCUUGGGCGCACGGUCCAGGUUACGUCGUGUCGAACGAUAUAGCAAGGACGGUUUCCAAGAAACAUCGAAAGGGACGCCUAAAGAGUUUCAAGCUGGAAGACGUCGCCAUGGGAAUCUGGAUUGAGGAAAUGACGAAGAAGAACGGGUUGGAAGUGACAUACAAGAACGACGAAAAGAUCUUUAACUGCGGCUGUGAAGACGGUUACGUUGUCGCCCAUUAUCAACGCCCCCCAGAUUUGCUUUGUCUCUGGCAAAAAAUUCAACACACUAAACUCCCUACUUGCUGUGGCUCAUAA